AUGCUGCAAUUAUCUCGUCAAGAAAGAGACUUCAAGCUGCAUGGAGGCUGGAAGAGAAAGACAGUGAAAGUCCAAGGCAACGACAUUUCACACAAGCUGCAGAUCUCCAGAGUCAGCAAAAAUGACGAGGGACUGUACGAGUGCCGGGUGACCCGGGCUAACUACGGGGAGAUCGUGGAGUACAAAGCCCAGGCCUGGCUGAGGGUCAACGCCACCGCCAGGCCCCGGCGACCCCUGCCCCCCCCCAAGAAGAGCUCCCCACUGCACCUGACAGACAAGAAGCCCAGGAAGUCCAGCUCAGCUGCGGGUCAGGACAACCUGAGCUCCGAGCAGAGGGUGGCCUCCACGUCCACCUCUCACACGUCCUCCAACACAGCUAAACACAACUCCGGCUCAGGUAAGAUCAACACAGUUGUUGGAUUUACAUAA